AUGGCAGCCGUAACAACCAACGGCGAUUCCGUCGCAUCAGUUCUUGACGAUAUCAAGCCUCCCGCUGGCGUUGUGCUCCCUCCCCGCGAAAUUCGCAAUGUUCUCGAGAAAACUGCCGGUUACGUAGCGCGCAACGGCGCCGUCUUCGAGGAUCGUAUUCGCGACAAGGAGCGCUCCAACCCCAAAUUCAGCUUUCUCAAUCCUUCCGAUGCCUACCACCCCUUCUACCAAUGGCGACUUGAUGAGGUGAAGAGUGGACGAGGUACAGCGAUCGCUGCUGGUCGUGCUAACGAACCUGUCGCCGAACCUCCCAAGCCCCAGGGACCUCCGAAACCAGCCGAUUUUCAGUUCUCAGCACGAACGCCGCGUAUCGCAAGAAAGGAUCUGGAUGUGAUUCAGCUCGCGGCUCUAUUUGUCGCAAAGAACGGACGCCAGUUCAUGACGCAGUUGGCUCAGCGCGAAGCUGGCAAUCCGCAAUUUUCAUUUCUCAUUCCUAACCACACUCUCCACAACUUCUUCCAGCACAUUGUCGAUCAAUACACAACAUUAUUGCGAGCGAGCGGUCUGGGUGGAGAAGGCGGAAAGCUUCAAGAAGAGCGUGUAAAAGAACUUGAAGCCAACAUCAAGGAUAAGUUUCUUGUUCUUAGCCGCGCCAGGCAACGAGCUGAGUAUGCCAAAUAUGUCGAGUCUGAACGUCAAAAGAAAGAGGAAGAAGAGGAGAAACAGAAGGAAGAAUUCGCUCAGAUCGACUGGAGCGACUUCGUUGUCGUUGAAACCAUUACUUUUAACGAGGCCGAUGACCACGCAAAUCUCCCUCCUCCAACCAAUCUUUCCGACCUCCAGUAUGCAUCGCUCGAAGACCGCAACAACGCGUCCAUCAACGCUAGCCUCCGGAUCGAGGAAGCGAUGCCCGACGAAGAUACUAGUUACAAUGCAUAUCCUAACCAGCCUGCCGCGUACCCUAUUGCGCCUCAGCAACCAGCUUACCAGCCGGCCCAGAUGCCACCACCAUUGCAGCCAUAUGCCCCGAUUCCACAACAACCGCAACGAUCUGCCCAGGAGGAGGAGGAGGAGCGACGUAUACAGGAGCGCGCAGAGCAGCAAGCACGCAAGCAGCAGGCCACUGCCGACGCGCGUGGUGGUGCUCCUCCCAUGAAGAUCAAGGAGAAUUAUGUGCCACGUGCGGCACAAAAAGCUGCUAACAGACAAGGUGCUCAGAUGGCUCUAUGCCCUAACUGCAAGCAGCAAAUUCCCAUGAACGAGCUCGAGGCCCAUAUGCGAAUCGAACUUCUCGACCCAAGCUGGAAAGAACAAAAGGCCAAGGCAGACUCGCGCUACGCUUCGACCAAUAUCUCACAUGUUGAUGUUGCCAACAACCUCAAGCGUCUUGCUAGCCAGCGCAGCGAUGUUUUCGAUCCCGUGACUGGACAGGCCCUUUCCGAGGACGAGCUGGCGCGCAGGAAGAAGGCUGCCAUUCACAGCUACGAUGGUGCUAUGGACGCCAAGAGCCAAGCACAACUGGGACACAUGCAAAACGUUAACGUCGAGGAGCAGAUCCGUGCUAUUCACCAAAAGUUCGCUGACAAGAAGUGA